AUAAAAUAAAAUAAAAAUUGGACGUCUAAAUAAUUUUUAAUGACAAUUUGACGUGGAAGUAAUUGAUAAAUAAAUAAAAUGACAUAACCAAAUAACAAACUGAUCUAUUUAUCACUAGACAUUGCCAGUAAUAUUGUAAAUAAACAUGGAUAAUAUUUCAAUAAAUUUAACCAAGUGGGACUUGACGGAAAAUGCAUUGGCUCCUUUAUCACAGUUACAAAAAACUAAAAUAAAUAAUUUAGAAGAAGCAAUAUUACAACUAGAUUUAGCAAGUAAUAAUAGUAAUAGUGGCAGUAGUUUAAAAAUUUCAAAAAAUCUUGACAAUAACAUCGAAGAUGGGAGUAAUAAAAUAGAAGCGUACAGACAAUUACUUGGUCAUUAUGGAGUACUGGAAGCGAGGUACGAUGCGGCGAAGUGUUCACGUUAUUUUAAUUAUCUCGAGCAAUUAAAAAAACGUACUGAUGAGUGUCACCACUUGUGCAUGCACAUUGAAAAAACGCUGGAAGAUUUUUCAGCAUUGUCAAAACAAUACGCGAUUGUAUCUGUUAAAACAAUGACUCUCCACAAUGCAACUGAACAAUUAAUAUCCGAACAGGAAAAAUUAAACAGCACGUACAAUAAUAUUGUUAAUUACGUCAAGUAUUUCAAAGAAGCUCAUUUUAUAAUGGAUAAAUUGGAGAUGGCCAAUCUGUCAGUACGCAGUGACGUAUUUAUGCAGCUCACAAAUACAAUUGAAACGAAUAUUGAUUUCAUUGAGACGAAUAUUGGUUUCAAAGAAUCUAAAAUUUAUUUAAUAAAAUAUCGUCAUUGUCAAUCAAAAGUUAUCAGCAUGAUGCAGCAAUGGAUUCAUGAUUUAUUGGAUCAAGCGACAGACAGUAUUUUAAAUCCUAGCGAAUUCACGAGCAACAAUAUUAAAGAAGGUGAUAUGAAUAAAGUACUCGGGUGUGCAGAUACUGCUUUGGCAUUGUUUUACGGUCGUUUUCAACGAAUACUUCCUAAAAUAAAACCUAUUAUUGACUUGAUUGAGAAGCGAUCGAUCAACAACAGAGAGUACGAAAAUUUAUUGGGUGAAUGUCAGCAGUACUAUCUGAUGAAACGGGGUCUUGUCUUAGACACAAGUGUACGUAAAGGAUUACUUUCUAUCAAAGAUUCUUACAAAGGAGAUCAUUGCAGUCUAGUCAGACAAGCUUGCGCACUUUUACUUCAUGCAUCCAUCGAUGAGUACCGAUUGUUUUAUCAAUUUUUCUCAGUUAAGUCAACCGGACUUGGUAACUACCUGGAAGGAUUGUGUAACGCACUGUAUGACACUUUAAGACCAUCAAUAAUCCAUAUAAAUCAUCUGGAAACAUUGGCUGAAAUAUGCUGCAUACUUAGAAUAGAAAUGCUUGAAGAGCAUGUUCAAAAUAAUAGCGAGUGUCUUGAAGGAUUUGGAAACGUAUGCUUGCAACUUCUUCACGACGCACAAGAACGAUUGGUAUUUCGCGCUCAUCUUUACCUCCAGUCAGACGUCGUUGGUUACAAUCCAUCGCCCGGUGAUCUUGCUUAUCCGGAUAAAUUGAAAAUGAUGGAAGACAUUGCUGAAACACUCAGAGAAGAAACUAGACAGCGCAAAUACAGCAAUGCCGCAGCUACGAUGAAUCAUGACUAUACCGACUCUACUUCCGUGGAGCAGGCUCGUAACAGCAAUCACAUUAACGCGACAUUUGAGCCGAUGUACAAAAAAUCUAAUAUCAAUAAUUCACCAGCCGAUUUACAUGGCAUGUGGUAUCCUACUGUGCGCCGGACUCUUGUCUGUUUGUCGAGACUCUACAGAUGCGUUGACCGCCCGGUCUUUCAGUCACUCAGUCGCGAAGCGAUAACAUUUUGCGUUCAGAGUAUUGAGAGUGCUAAGGAUAAAAUAACCGCACGUGCGACUGAACUUGAUGGUCAGUUAUUUCAAAUUAAACAUCUGCUUAUUUUACGUGAACAAAUAGCGCCAUUUCAAGUUGAUUUUACAGUCAAAGAGUACUCAUUAGACUUCUCUCAAGUUAAAACAGCAGCAUUUGGAUUACUUGAGAAACGUUCAAGACUUUUCACGCUGUCGAAUAACGCUCUGCUGGAAUUUUUCCUAGAAGGAGCCCCGCGCAUGAAGGAACAUCUCAUCGACUCACGAAAGCACGUUGAUGUUAAACUCAAACUUUCGUGUCAACAAUUUAUACAGCACAUAACUCAACUACUCGUUGAGCCUAUAACUAAUUUUUUGGAUAAAGUUAAAUCCCCAAAAUUGAUGGCUGCUGUUAAUGACAACAACCAGACCAACAAUGAACAGCAAAAUGAUCCACAGAAAAUAGCCGCUAUUGUCAAUGAGUCAUUACGUUUUAUUAAAUUUAGGCUGCCAAGCAUUCAGCAGUCGAUGCAACUUUAUUUAGCGAAUCGAGAAACUGAGUUCAUUUUAUUCAGACCGAUUCGCAAUAAUGUGGUAGGGAUUUACACCCAAUUAUAUCAGUUCCUUCAGAGUACUUUCGACACAGAACAGCUACAAUUGAUUGCCUGCCCGCUGCCAGAACAAAUUUCCAUCAUGUUGAGUUCAACUAGUCUCGCUCAUGCACGCAAUUCCUCUGAAAAUCGUGAGAGUAAUGAUGCUUCCGACAAUUCCGUUGAUAAAACUCAACAAUCUUCAUAGAUUUGUAAAUAAUUUCUUCAUUCGUCUAUUAUUAUUGUCUACUUCUAUUGUUUAUUUUUCUAUCAUCAUAUUAUAAAAUAAUAACUUAUAUAUAAAUAUAUUGUAAAAAAAUUAUAUAGAAUAUAAUAUUUAUAAAUUA